AUGGACUGUAGUAAUACCCAAACACAAACACCACCGUCGUACUGUGCUCAAGUUGUCGGACCGCCGCCAUGCUAUUCCUGCAAACUACUCUUCGGCGAACAGCUCAUUCAAGAGACGCGAAGCCUUCAGGGACUUGCCCGUGGCACCUUCAAGAAACGGUGUGGCGGAAUAGUUGCUGCCCUUACUGAGCAGGAGGAUGACGCGACUAUUCCAACGUACGGACGACAAAGUUCUGUGAACGGUGCGGUCGCACUCGAUAAUCGUGAAGGAACAACAGAGGUCACAGUCAAGCUCCUGGGCCGAAUGUACCUACAUAUCCCGGUUUUCAAGUCCUGUACGGUGACAUUGGUGGACCAGCGGCAGACUCUUUGGUCAUGUCUCUCUAUUGCUGGGACCUCCUCAGUUUGUCCUGAGACCAUGCCUUUCUCCUUUGUUCUUCCCUCCGCUUUCAAGGACGGAAACACCUCGUAUCCCUUACCUCCGUCCUUCGAUCUCGCUUGUCUAGGCCCUUCUGGACUUAAAGCUGUUUGCAACUAUACCCUCGAGAUCAAAGCUGUAGGCCGAGGUAUUGGCCGUUGGACGAAAGUCAAAAAAAUGGUCAUUCCGAUGGAGUUCAUGCCUCGUUCUCGGCCAGCCUCCUUCUCACCUGUGCCAGAUGUCCAGUUAAUCCGAUGUGCCCUCAAGACUCUUCCUGGGGAAUGGUACGAAAGUUUAACGACAAUUCCAUCACGAUCGCCCAAAACGUUACCCCCGGUCAGCGCACUUAUUUUUAUCCCCUCCAUUAGGGCCUUCGCAUAUUCCGAGACUAUACCUUUUUAUGUCCAACUAAGCGGUCCACGCUGUUCCCUAAGCAGCCUCUCAGGGCAUUCCCCGACCUCGCCUACACCACCGACCGUGAGGGUGUCUCUCUUACGCCAGUGCACGCUUCUUGUCGGCGACCAAAAAGACUGGCAAAACCACACCCUGUCUCAAGGUGUAAUCCGUGCUGUAUCCCCACCUGUCUGCAAUCCAGCAGGCCCAUGGCAGGACAGUCUUGAUUGGCAAGGGACGAUUCAAGUCCCGAAGGAUCUAAGGAAUCCCAGUUUCUUUGCGGGGCGUUUAAGUGUAAAGGAUUUUCUCGUCCUGUCAGUUGCCCCCGCAGAACCUGUAAAAGCGGCUUUCGGACGUCAUCAGUUAGUUGUCCCAGUAAAAAUAGUGACGGAUUCUUGGACAGUGGGCGAACCAGCCACAUGA